GCAAAAGUGGCGAAAAGACCACUGACACUAGUGACAGCCACAAGCAGGAAACUCCCGCAUUCAAGAACCACGGCAAAACAUAACAGGUCAUAUUAAAAACAAACAAACGUACAAAUCAAAGAAAACAAAAGAGAAUUAGGUCAUUUAAAACACGGAAGGUUUUUGAAAAAUGUCUCGAGCGGAGUUUGACAAUGAGUUUCUGUACAACUUACCCGCAUCUAUUAUGAAUGACUUUACACGGCUUGUGGACUCGUUUUCACACUCGGACUGGAUAUUAUUCGCUUCACGGAUAAUAUCUGAUCAGACUGAGCUGCGGCUUUUGGAGCACGGCAACAGGCGGACAGAAGAACUUAUGCAUAAAUGGGGCUGUCGCAAUGGGACGGUUGGAGAACUUGUGAAGAUUCUUGAAGACCUGCAGUGGUUUAGACCUCGUGAUAUCAUCCUUGAAUGGAGACAUAUUCAGCAGUCUCGCUCGGAGCAACAGUCAGCUUCAGCAGUACCACAAUCUACUGUAUCUCAACCCAGUACUGACAUCUAUGUGGAAAAGCUUCUCCCUGUCCCUGAAAUCAGGCCUCUUCCCAAGCCUGGCCCUCCACCCCCUGAUCUGGAUUCCAUAUGUUCAAGAGUCUCUAAAACAGAAGAGGAGUGCCCGUGCGAGAACCGCAAGUACCCCCUGCCUCUUUUAUCCACUGCGAUGAGCUGGCCAUUUGAGGAAGUACAGAGAGGUACAUGCAACUUUUCCAAGUACAAGCAGAUUGGAGAAGGUGGUUUCGGACACGUGUACAGAGCCACAAUGAGAAACACAGAGUUUGCUGUGAAGAAGCUGAAAGAGGACUCGCAUCUGGACUGGAAUGUCAUAAAGGAAAGUUUCAAGACAGAACUGGAGAAACUAUCGCAAUACAGACAUCCCAACAUAAUGGACCUUGUUGGCUAUAGUAUAGAAGGACAAACAUAUUGUCUCAUAUAUGUUUACAUGCCAAAUGGCUCUUUAGAGGACCGGCUGCACUGUGAGGACAGCAAUGCCCUCUCUUGGCCACAGCGUGUAAAUAUCUUAGUGGGCACUGCCAAAGCUACCCAGUACCUGCAUUCUUGUUCACCUGCGCUUAUUCAUGGAGAUAUCAAGAGCUCUAACAUCCUUUUAGGGGAUCACCUGGAACCCAAACUGGGGGACUUUGGAUUGGCAAGGUUAUGUCAGAACCCCAACAGAACUCCAGGCAAGACGUCCAGCAUAGCUCGCACUUCAACGGUACGAGGGACGCUCGCAUACCUCCCAGAAGAGUACUUGAAGGAUGGACAGCUGGGCAUGGAGAUUGAUGUUUAUAGCUUUGGAGUGGUGUUGUUAGAAAUACUUACUGGGCGAAGGGCUCUAGAGGGCGAUGGCCAAUCCAAAACGAUUUACUUGAAAGAUCUGGUAACAGAGGUGGAGGAUGAUGGAAGAAGUUUCAGUAGAAGGAAGCAGUCACAGGAGAUGUCCUCUUCUCAAACCGCAGAGAACAUCUGCAGGAAACAUCUGGAUCCUCGGUUGAUGACUAAAGACACAUUUGCCCUUCAUGGUUCAAUGGAAAUCGUUCAGCUGGCAUGUCAGUGUUUAAACCGACGGAGAAAGAAGAGACCUCAAAUGACUGAAGUGUUCAAAGAACUCCAAGAUGUGCAUUCAGGGUUGAAGGCCUCUGGCAGAUCAACUAUGUUCAAAAUGUCUCCUGUAUCGUUUCAUCCAUCCACGCCUGUGCCUCUGCACUCUGACAACUGCACCCCGGACUCUCUUGCCCAUCAGUUCUCGAAACUCCACCCUCAAGAGAACACCUACCCCUGCCUUCACAAGCCUGUCUUUCCCACUUUGAACUCUGUAGUGACUCAGACUGAAUUCUCAGAGUCAGAUUGGAAUGCUGAAUCAUGGGGUUCACAGUCGUCUGGAACGCCGUGUGAAUCGGAUGAGAGUCAAGGCUUCUCUCAGUACUUAACAAGUCACAUUAGCAAAUCUCAGCAGUCGUCAUGUAGGGCCUGUGAAAUUCUGGGCACUAAAUCAAGUGGUUAUUUAGUUGAUAACCCUUCACAACCCAAUCCGAAUAAAGAGUUAUCUGAUCAGAAAGUUUUUAUUAAUCCAGUGAGACAGCGACUUGUCCAGAAGAUGGAGCUUUAUGAAGAGGGCAGAAUUCUGACUUCUGAUCUGCUAUCAUCAGGUGACUCAUAUAGAGGGAUGAAUACUCAAACAAGGGAGCCUGAAGAGAGUGAUGAGUUUGCGAGUGAGACCUCUGAAACCAAUGUACAGUUACCUACAGCAGUAUAAGACCAACUUUGGAGGAAAGCGCACACAAACAUAUUUUACAAAAUAUUUACAGUACAAAUUCUUGUAAUGCCUUUAUGGUACACUUAUUUACAGCAGUGGUAGAGAAUACUUGUACUUACCUCAGAUCUGCCAAAGCUGCAGAAUUACAUUAUUUUUUAUGGUAAUAGCAAGUGGUAAAAAGUGGUAUGGUAAUCGCAAGCUGUAUACCUGUAAAUCUUGACUGAUAGAGUCAGAAGUAGUGCAUCAUUUAUUAUACGCCUGUUAUUUUGGCGAUCUGAUAUCUGGCUGUUUUUUGAGCUUCGUUCUCAGAGACUUGGUGAAAAAGUCAUGUUUAUGAAUUAUGGUGAAAACACCUACAUUUAUGAGAAUAAUAUUUAACCACUGAUCCUUGAGAUAAGGGACAAAACAUGUUUAAAAUCAGAGUUUUUAUUUUUUAAUACUAAAUUAAUUUUAAAUGGAUAUAUUUGUAGACAAAGGUGUCAGGUAACGAACCAUGUAAGAAAACAGGUUUUUAUAAAACCUUUUUUUUUCUUCUGAAAAUUGACAUUUAUUUACUUAAUAACGUACAUCUUACUGUCAUUUGUAUCAACUCCAUCAGACACUAAAAAGCAUGCUAUUUUAAUUUGAUCCAUCUAACAAGAGUGUAAAGUCUUUGUUAUAAUGGUGUUCAGUAAAGAAAUUAAGUGAUAAAAAAUAUGCUAUAUUUUUUUUUUCUGUUUCCUGAAAGGCAUUUAAACCCAAUUUUCUGUAUUCUGAAAAUUCAGACGGAGUUGACAAAAUGGAAUAUUUUUCCAUUUUAACCAUGUGUUGUACACUGGAGCCAUUUUGUUUUUUUCCUCAGUUAAAGCUGCCUCUAUAACCUAAACUAAAAUUUCAAAAUUUAUCUCACAGUUCUAACAUGAAUUAUCAUAAUGGGAAUGACAGAGUUGACAUGUUGAAGCUGUGACCUCAAAGACUUAAACAUUGUUUGUUUAAAAUAUUAAAAAAAAAUAUUAAACUUACCAGACUAAGUGUCCUACUGUUGCAUCCACCAUGAGCAGGAAGUGGGCAAGGGGUACUCAGAGUUAUCCACCUUUUUCCUGAUCACGGAAGUGUUCCACAAUUCGACUGUUUUCAAUUUCUGGUCUCCAGUGUUUUCACUCGCAUCGGUAUAUUCUUAGCGGGUAAUGUAAUGUUUAAGGUAUUACAUUUGUAAACAUUGUCAAAAAACAUGCCGAUACUUCACAGAGUCGAGAUGACCGUUUUUUUUAUAGACAGUGCCUCACCGGAGUGUGUUGAUGACAUGAAGUGAUGGUCAGAGAUAAGUUACGCUGAUAUCAUUAAUUAUUCUGAGUUGUUAUGACAGCCAACAGCUGCACAAGUUGAGCCUGAAAUUUAUUUGUACUCCAAGUAACACUUAAAUGGUUGUUGUUCUCCUCUGGAUCACUCAUUUUGGCUGUUUUGACUUGGCGUCUCGAGACCAGAAAUAGAAAACAGGCAAUUAGAAUCAUCAUGGUACCGCCGAGUGUUUGCUGACCAUGACAUUGUCUGAUUUAUUCAAGAUUUUAAAAAAAUCUGACGGAGUUGACGCAAAGUGAGGACACAAAUUUGAUAGACAGUUUUUUUUUAAUCGAAAAUAUAAUUUUAAAUUACUUUAUGUAUUGUUUGAUAUCUUACAGAUCCAUAUCUUUCAUUUGAUAUUUAUGAAUUGGUUGCAUUUUUAAACGCUUUGUUUGGCAGUUUAACAUUGUGACCUCUUGCUAAGGACUUGUGCUUCCAAGUAUAGAGCAUGCAUUUGAAAAAUUUCAAAUGAAAUUAUUGAAAAAUAUAAGUAAUAAAUGCCCUGAGUAUACAUAUUUCCUUUAGAGUUAACUUUUCCAGUAUUUGUAUUUUUUAUUAUUUUCUUGAUUUUUAACAUAAAGAUGACUUCUGUAUGUAAGACAUGUUUUGUCCCGUAUCUCAAGAAUCAGUGAAACAUUAAUAACUAACCUACCUGUAAAGGACUAACCUGUGGUAUACUUUAGAGGUCGACCGAUAGUGGAUUUUGAAGAUACCGAUAACUAAGGUGGUGGAUAGUUUUUAGAUAUUUCGCAGUUUUUCAUUACUGUGACGGGUAUUGACACGCAGGCUAAAAUGAAUGAAUUCCCAGAUAAAGUUUAUUGUUCAACCAAAAUUCCAAUAAAAAUAAGAAAGAAAUACGAUUUGUUGCAUAACGUGGAACUUUAUACUAUAAACAAGCCAGAAACACACUGGGAGAAACGCACCAGGAUGCACUGUGGGAAGACGACAAUCCGGUGGAGGCAGUGUGAUGCUCUGGAAAAUAUUCUGCUGGGAAACCAUGGCUCCGGCCAUUCAUGUGGAUGUCAAUUGACACGUGCCACCUUCCUAAACUUUCAUUGCAGACCAGGUACACCCCUUCAUGGCAAUGGUAUUCCCUGUUGGCAGUGGCCUCUUUCAGCAGGAUAAUACACCCUGCCACACUGCACACAUUGUUCAGGAAUGGUUUGAGGAACAUGAUGAAGAGUUCAAAGUGUUGACUUGGCCUCCAAACUCCCCAGAUCUCAGUCCGAUUGAGCAUCUAUGGGAUGUGCUGGACCACAAAUCUGAUCCACGGCGGCUCCACCUCGCAACUUACAGGACUUAAAGGAUCUGCUGCUAAAGUCUUGGUGCCAGAUACCACAGGACACCUUCAGAGGUCUUUUUUUUUUUGUUUGUUUUUUUGCAUGCCUUCACUACAAUUUCGAAAACUUGAUUAUUAAAAUAACAAAAUAUGCAUUGAAGUGAUCAUAAAAAUAUGGAUGAAUAUGCAUGUUACAAUGAUGAAAGACUUAGAUACAGCAAAUGUUUUUAUUUCACCUCUGCCGCUGUUAUAAGAACUGUAGAAUCCUCCAGCGCUGGCCACAAUGUAAAAAGGAAGAAUAAAUAAAAACUAUCGACAGUUAUUAUAGAUUAUUGCCAAUAACGAUGGUUUCAAAAAGCAACUAUCGGCACCGAUUUAUCUAUUGGUCUACCUCUAGCACACUUAUAUAAAUAUAAAAAGAUGUUUACCCUUGCAUAUUUUCAUAACUAAACUUUUGUUUUAAAGUGUAUUUUCUUGUCGGAGGUAUAUACAUCUCCCAAUUUUAGAAAUUAAAUGUCUACUUUUGUUUUCCUACACCUCUGGUCCUUUAGUCCAAGUUUUUGAAACAUGUUUGUGUUGAUAUUAUUUCCAGCUCACCUUUUUAAAAAAAUUAAAUGAAUUAAAAACAA